UUGCCCUUUCCCACCCACACUGGGUUCUCUGAGCGAUAUCAGUCAUAUCACUCUAACGUUUUUUUGCGAAAUAGUUUGACCCACAAUUGACGUCGAACCCCCAUGGGCUAAAUUUACUACUAUUAUCCAUAAAAUUCUUAUUCCGACGGGCGGCGGGCGGAUAUGGGCGACCUGAUCAUCAUUACUAUUUUCAAGUCAUCCAUCGUGAUUCGUCCGACUCUAGUCGCAACCGCCAUGUAUAUAUAAACGGGUAGCACCUGAGCAUAAACCCCACCAUGGCUGACACCUCAACAUAUUCGACCAUCGACCCCGAGCUUGCCUCUAUUCUCGCAUCUCUCCCACCGGCACCUUCAGGCGCAGAUGUGAAUGCAACAGUCGAAACUCGAAGGGAACGUUACAGAACGGGUGUACUUCCAAAGGCAAAACAGAACCAUGAGCCGUUUUUACCCAAGAGCGAUGAAUACACCGUAGUUGAUCGCCAAAUCGAAGUAGCGAAAGGCGUCAGUGUGACUGCGAGAUGUAUCACUCCCACACCUCGAGAUGGAGAAGAUGGGUUGUUUCCUUUGAUUUUUUGGAUGCAUGGGGGAGGAUGGAUAGCGAGCGAUGCACAAAUGGAUGAUUACAACUUGCGAAGAACGAGUGUCGAUCUGAGGAUUUCAGUUGUCAACUUCGAAUAUCGGCUCGCACCGGAAAACCCCUUCCCCACUGCCCCAAACGACUGUUUCGCCGGACUUAAAUACGUCGCAAAUCACCCAGACCUAUUUUCUGCAUCCCUCAAGAAGGGUUUCAUUGUCGGCGGGCCCUCUGCCGGUGGAAAUCUGGCAGCUGUCAUUGCGCAUCGAGCAAGAGACGAUCCGACAGACUUCGCGAAUAAAGGGACACCGGUGACUGGACAGCUUUUACAGAUUCCGUGUUUGUGUCACUAUAAGGCUUACCCGGAAAAGUGGAAAUCAUCUCUUGUGUCGAUGGAAGAAAAUAAAGACGCACCGGGGUUGAAUAAAGCUGCGGUUGAAUUUACUGCAGGCCUAUACAACGCACCCCCAGAGGAUCCCGACAUGUCUCCCCUCCUUCUCUCCUCCCACAAAGGUCUACCACCAGCGUUUAUCCAAGUGUGUGGUUUGGAUCCGCUUCGUGAUGAAGGAAUCGUGUAUAAGAAAGUUUUGGAAGAGGCCGGAGUUCCUGUGAAACUUGAAGUUUAUCCGGGUGUACCGCAUAUAUUCGACGUACUUUUCCCGACGCUAAAACAGUCGGCCAAGUGGAUUAAAGAUUUUAGAGAUGGGCUGAGAUGGUUGAUCUCACAGUCUGCUUGAGUCCAACAGUCGACAGCGGGGGAAAUUAUACUUUUUCAAGUGUAAAUGUUGAGUUGGAACCAGCAAUAUCAAUAGUUAGACAAAACUUACGUCGCGAUGGAACGAUUUAUGUACGUAUACAUAAUACGAAAA